AUGAAGAUUAUAUCCAGAAUGGCAGUGGCGACGGGUACAUCAGCUUAUGCUCCAGUCCAAAUUCAUAAUCACGAAGCAGUGCAUGGAGCGCCAUCCCAGCCAACCACCAUGCCCCCCUACCGACCACCAAACGACCAAGAGAGGAUACGAUGGUCCCUCUGGGACUGGUCCUGGGAGCUCGCAGCAUGCGUCGUGGCCAUCCUCACGCUGAUCGGCAUGAUCGCGGUCCUGCGCAUCUACGACGGAAAGACGCAGCCAAACUGGCCAGCGGGGAUCAACCUCAACGCCAUCAUCGCCCUGCUGACGACUCUCAUGAAAGCUGCCAUGGCCACAUAUAUCGCAGAAGCUCUGUCGCAACUCAAAUACUCUUGGUUCAAGGAUACACGCAGAUUGAGUGAUCUUGCUGCACUCGAUUCGGCCAGUCGCGGUGCGUGGGGUGCAGCACAGCUCCUGGUGAACUACGUGCCUCGCCACCUUGCUUCGCUCGGGGCCUUUGUUUUGGUCUUUGCUGCGGCCAUUGGUCCCUUCACCCAGCAGGUCAUCGAUGUCAGAUCCCGUUCCAUUGCCCGCGAAGGAGGCGCCGCCAUCCGGGUAUGCAACACAAGCAUGUAUGAAGACUGGGGGGCGGGCCAAGCGCCUGGAAUGAAUCUGGUGCCGUUGGAGACAACAGGAGCAAUGUACAACGGCAUCAUGCAGACGUCGCUCAACCAUCAAUCCUCCGUGACCUGUCCAACAGGCAAUUGCACUUUUGCGCCCUAUCAAUCGCUCGGCUUCUGCAGUACGUGCAGCGAUUUGACCAGUGAACUCACACUGGCUAGCUCCGACGACGACACGUACUCAUACAACUACACGCUCCCCAACGAUCUUUUCUUCAAUACCACGGCGGCGUCGCCGUAUACCAUCAAGGCAACGACAAACGUCGACCUCGUCCGCCUGGAUGCAUCAGGCUUGCCGCUCAUUCUCAAUUUCUCGGCUAUUACGACUUCUGGAAAGACCAUGCCGCCUCAGGUGACGGCCAUGGAAUGUGCGUUCUACUUCUGCGUUUCGACACACCGAGCCAUUGUCCGGCGAGGCGAUCUGACCGAGGAAAGCUUUCCUACUACCACCAUAUCCAACUAUUCCACCAAUAAUUUCACCAUGAAUGCCGUAGCAUCGGCCCAACCGUGUCUCAACGAUGGCCAGUGCCACUACGCCAUCAACUGGCUGAGCAUCCUUGCAAUGAGGAAUACCAUCAGUCCCCUGGUGUCGGGGUUCGGAAUGUUGCCCGUCUCGAACCGGCCAUACUUCACUUCGGAUACCCUGCGCGCACUCUACGGCGGGUCCGGCAACUUGACCCAGAUCAAUGGGACAUUCGCUUCCAUCGCCGCGGCCCUUACCGCAAAUGCCCGGAAUCGCGUUUGCCAGGGAGCCGUGCUUGGCGACGCGUGGACGAAUGUAUCAUACAUCCGCAUCCGCUGGCUGUGGAUGUUGCUCCCUAUUGUAUUGGUCGUCUUGAGCAUAUUAUUCUUCAUCGUCACGAUUGUGCAUACGCGCAACCAGUACAUUUGGAAGUCCUCCCCGUUGGCGUUGCUGUGCGCCGACCUGCAAAUUGAUGGCUCAGCACAACCAUUGCAGUCGGGCAAGAUCGAUCCAGACCAUAAGAGAUUGGAUGAGAUGGCGAAAUUGGCAAAGGUUCGGCUGGAGGCAGGGACUUGGGGGUUGCUGGUGCAUGGCCACUUGGUUCAUCGGGAGUAA